UCAAAGGUUUUCACUCAUACCUUCAUAUGACUGAGGGCGGUGCUCGCUUCUCAUAAGACAAUUUAAUAUCUGUCAUAUUUCAAAACUGUUUCACCGAAGUCCUGGAAUUUGUUCAUUCUCUAUCCAUCCCCCCUUGUUCAACCUUCCCCUUCUAUUCGUCAAGUGUGAGACUCCUAAAGAUUUCAAUUGCAGCUGCUGCAAGGCAGUAGGUCAUUGAAACAGCAUUUGAUAGCCACUGGACUUGCCUCAUCGCGGAGUUUUUGACUCCUCAUCAUGGGGUAUAGUGUACAAACUGCAAGAAGUGGAAGAAGAGGAGUCACAGGAUACUUACUGCAGAUGAUCACCAUAUCUUUCGUUUUGCUAAUUGCCCUCGUGGAUAUCGGAGCUGCUCAAGUGAGAGAUGAUGAUGACUUCAUGGGAUUGGGUGAUCUCCCAGAGACCUUCCCCUCGGACCCCCCGGAACCCCUUCCUGUGUUCCUGAUGGAGCCAGAGGAGGCGUACAUCGUCAAGAACAAACCUGUCAAUCUCUACUGCAAGGCCACGCCCGCCACACAGAUCUACUUCAAGUGUAACAGCGAGUGGGUCCACCAGAAAGAACACACAGUGGAGGAGAGGGUGGACGAGAACUCUGGCUUGGUGGUGCGAGAAGCCAGUAUUGAGAUCACAAGGCAGCAGGUGGAGGAGCUGUUUGGGCCAGAGGACUUCUGGUGUCAGUGUGUAGCCUGGAGCUCUGCAGGGACCACCAAGAGCCGCAAGGCCCACGUCCGCAUCGCCUAUCUCAGGAAGACGUUUGACCAGGAGCCUCUGGGAAAGGAAGUGUCUCUAGAACAGGAAGUUCUUCUUCAGUGCCGCCCACCAGAAGGGAUCCCUGCUGCUGAGGUGGAGUGGCUGAAGAACGAGGAGAUCAUAGACCCUGCUGAUGACCGCAACUUCUACAUCACCAUCGACCAUAACUUGAUCAUCAAACAGGCCAGACUGUCUGACACCGCUAACUACACCUGUGUCGCCAAGAACAUCGUCGCCAAGAGACGCAGUACCACGGCAACAGUCAUCGUCUACGUGAAUGGCGCCUGGUCAACAUGGACAGAGUGGACGGUGUGUAACAGUCGCUGUGGCCGUGGCUACCAGAAGCGCACGCGGAGCUGCACCAACCCAGCACCGCUCAACGGGGGCGCCAUCUGUGACGGGCAAGGCAUUCAGAAGCUGGCGUGCAACCCACUGUGCCCAGUGGAUGGUCUGUGGACAGAGUGGAGUAAAUGGUCCACGUGUGGGACAGAGUGUACCCACUGGAGGAGGAGGGAGUGCAGCGCCCCGGCGCCCAAAAACGGGGGGAAGGACUGUGAGGGCAUGGUGCUUCAGUCCAAGAACUGCACCGAUGGCCUGUGUAUGCAGAGUUCCUUUUAUCAGAAGUCCUCUGAAUUCAACAAAGACAAGAUUGAUUUGGGAUAUCCAUCUGCCCCCAGUACAGAUGACGUUGCGCUGUACGUUGGCGUCGUCAUUGCUGUGAUCAUGUGUCUGGUCAUCUCCGUCAUCGUGGCGCUGUUCGUCUACAGGAAGAACCACCGCGACUUUGACUCUGACAUCAUAGACACCUCGGCCCUCAACGGGGGCUUCCAGCCCGUCAGCAUCAAGACGGCCCGAACAGCUGACAUUCUGACGGCACCCCCUGACCUGACCUCUGCGGCAGCCAUGUACCGUGGACCCGUCUACGCCCUCCACGACGUGGACAACAAGAUCCCAAUGACCAACUCCCCCCUCUUGGACCCCCUGCCCAACCUGAAGAUCAAGGUCUACAACUCCUCUGGUCUGGUCACCCCCUCCGAGGACCUGUCAGACUUCUCCUCUAAGCUGUCCCCCAAGCUGCCCCACUGCCUGCUGGAUGGGGACACCAUGGGGAGGAGGACCCAAACCCAGACUUUGCUCCGUACUGGUACCAGGGACCCCUCCUGUACCGCCCUGGGCUCCUUCAACUCUCUAGGGGGGCACCUCAUCGUCCCCAACUCAGGGGUGAGUCUGCUAGUUCCAGCGGGAGCCGUCCCUCAGGGUAGAGUCUAUGAGAUGUACGUGACCGUCCACAGGAAGGACAGCAUGAGGCCCCCAGUCGAUGACUGCCAGACAGUGCUAAGCCCAGUGGUGAGCUGUGGCCCCCCAGGAGCUCUCCUGACACGCCCAGUCAUCAUCACCAUGCACCACUGUGCUGAGGCCGACUGUGGAUCAGCCGAGGAUUGGCUGAUUCAGCUCAAGACCCAAUCACAGCAGGCCCAGUGGGAGGAGGUGGUGGUGGUAGGAGAGGAGAACUUCACCACUCCCUGUUACAUCCAGAUGGAUGAGGAGGCGUGUCACAUCCUGACAGAGACCCUAGGGACCUACUGCCUGGUGGGCCAGUCCUGCAGCGCGGCCACCACCAAGCGGCUCAAGUUGGCCAUCUUCGGCCCCGUCACCUGCCCUGCUCUGGAGUACCACAUUAGAGUAUACUGCCUGGACGACACACAGGACUCACUCAAAGAGGUCCUACAGAUGGAGAAGCAGAUGGGAGGGAAACUGCUGGACGAACCAAAGACCCUGAACUUCAAGGACAGCACCCACAACCUGCGACUGUCCAUCCACGAUGUCCCACACACACUGUGGAAGAGCAAGCUACUAGCCAAGUACCAGGAGUUGUCGUUCCAGCAGGUGUGGUCUGGGUCCCAGAGGAACCUCCACUGUACCUUCACCCUGGAGAGGUUCUGUCCCAGCACCGUAGACCUGGUCUGUAAACUGUGUGUCCGACAGGUGGAGGGUGAAGGACAGAUCUUCCAGCUGGACACCACCCUCUCAGAGGACACCCAGAGCAUCGACACGUCUCUGCUGGACCCAGCCAGUAACAUCACAACCCUGGUGGGGCCCAAUGCCUUCCGCAUCCCCCUCUCCAUCAGACAGAAGCUCUGUGGCAGCCUGGACGCACCACAGACCAGAGGCAACGACUGGAGGAUGCUGGCACACAAACUGAACCUGGACAGGUAUCUGAACUACUUUGCCACUAAGUCCAGUCCUACCGGGGUGAUUUUAGACCUGUGGGAGGCACAACACUUCCCCGACGGGAACCUUAGCCGCCUAGCUGCCGUGCUGGAGGAGAUGGGUCGCCAUGAGAACCUCAUGCCCAUGGCAACGGACCACUGACACCUGUCCGUCAAAGAACAGGAAAUUCCAGGGAGGAGUGAGAGAUGAGUCAGGGAGAGAAGGAGAGAGAGUAAGAGCGGCAAUCUGUUAGCUGACAUGCAGGACAGGCAGAGGCCAAAAUUUUUUCAAUCAGGGAACACACAGACAUAGUGACACACACACACACACGCACAUACUUAUCAUAGCCAUGCUCCACUUACAGUAUAUUGGAAGUAACACUUUGACAAAGGAAAGAGAAAGUUAGUCAGCUCUGUUUGUUCUCUCCCUGGUACAGUUUCCUUUACCGUGAUACAGUUUCCUAGGAAACGCUUGAUAGUGCUGUCCAUAUAGUGGAUGUGGUGACAGACUGGCUCAGAGCAUAGGACCAUGGGAAGGAAGGGGUGGGGCGGGGCGGGGCGGGGCGGGGCGGGGAAGGCCCUCCCACUCCACCUGUCCCCAUGGCUCCCCAUGGUAACCCCUGUAAACAACAUUAAUGUUGAAUGACUCGUCAAUAUUUCUGAUGAAAGAACUUGUUUCAGUGACUAUAUAGGUCUGUAUUUAAUAACACAUCCAUUUAUACACAAAUAUCUCUCCUUUUGUAUUUUAUGCAGCCUGAUAUUGAGUUUUCCAGUGUGUUCUUUUCCCCUGCUUUCGUUGCACAGUUCUUUGUUUUCAUUGUGCCAUAGUGCUACCUAGUGGAUUCUCUUAGUAAUGACACCUACUGUACAGUCACUGAUACAAAGACAAUAGCGCAACCUGUACAUAAACAAAACAUUGAAAACUGUAACCUUUUACAGUGUAAGACUGUCAUUAUUAAUAUUAGCUGUUAUCAUUCAUGUUGUGUAUUAUUACAUUGUUUUACAAUUAUUUUUUGUUACGUUUUAUUCUGCAAUUAUUUACAAUUUGCAUAUUUAGUUUGAAACGAUUAUAUUUGGGUUUAUAUUGCGCUAGCAAGGGUUUGCUUGUUAGGCCAUGAAACCCAUGAUGCUGAUACAAGGAACUGUCUGAGAGGUCAAUGAGAGGUCAGUCAGUCAAGUCAUCUCUCACUCACAGCAUGCCAGUCAGCAUAGUCAGAGAGGAAGCGAGAGGGUCCACUCCUGUCAAAAUCUGUCCACACGGGAAUACAGCGGUAAGCACACCGCCUAACUUCCCGCCUUUGGGACAACGACUCCCAUUGUUAGGGUGGAGACAUGAGCAUCUCGCCAUUAUAUACAGAUCUCUGGCAUAGUGGAACAUCGCAAUCUGCUCUCAUCGUGUAUGGUCCCCUGAUGAUGACCUUGUCCAAAUGAGACAGAACCAGGGUAGAGGAAGAGAUGGGAGUCUGUCUUCCAAGGUGGAAGAUGUGUCGUUUGUUGAUAGACAGACGGUAUAUUCUGUUAGGACUGAUGCAGCCUGAUACGAUUGCCUUUUACCAAAUAAUUGAUAUUGAUGUAAAAUUCCACGCUAAUGUUCUCUUUCAUGAAGUCUGAAUACUUGUAAUCUGAUUGUUUCACAUGAGCAGAUUACUAAAAUGACAACAUACACUGAGUAUAACAAACAUUAGGAACACCUUCCUAAUAUUGAGUUACACCCCCUUUUUGCCCUCAG